AUGACAAAAGAUCUGCAGUGUAAGGUGGAAGAUUUACCUUCCAGAAAAGUGUAUAAAGCUUUUGGGAACAAUGCCAGGCAUGGCGAAGAGCGAUGUUCGGAAAUCACUUCUAAGGAAGAAGAAAUAGAGGAAAUUUUGAAAGGUAAAUUAAAGAAUGACUGGGAUCCUGGUAAAUAUGCAAAGCAAAUUGCGCCAGCCCUGUGUUUGCUAUCUAAGCUGGACACAAAGAAGAAGGAAUCAUGCGAAAAGAUAUGUGAUUUCUUCUAUUUUUGGCUUGGGGACAUAUUAUGUAAUAAUUGGAGAUCAACUUCUUCAUUCAAGGAUUCUAUGAAGGAAAUUUAUGGUAAAUUAAAGGAUUUAGGCGGUCAAUGCAAGUAUGAGGCUAUGCACAAUAAUGUAAGUAAAACCAUUUUCCCUCAAAGGAAAAAAGUAUUUGAUUACCUCCAUGAUUAUAAAACAAUAAUACAGGACCUAAAGGAAUCUAAGUCUAGCGGCUCCUCCUGCUGCGAGGAUUAUGCAACAUACUUGGAGCAAGCUAUAAGUGCUUAUGGACAAAUAGAAGCAGGUUGGAAAGUUAGUUCAGAUGAAUACUUUAAAAAAUUCUGGACUCAGUUCAAAGGUAAUGGUAAUGGUGAUAGGGGUGAUAGUGGUAAAAUUCCAAAACCGUCAAACUUGAAUUGUGAGGGAAUAGACGGAAUAGUUCUUGAGUCGGACGCAGAGAACGAGGACGGAACAAAUCUGGUUAAUUGCUUAACACAGUUGUCUGCAGAAAGUCCUGAAUUACAAUCCAUCACUGAAACAGAACACGGUCCUGUAUCCACAGAAGUUCAUUCAUCCUCUGUAGGUAGAACCUCCACCCCUACCGCGGUAACCAUAUCUGGUACCCUGGCCACAGCUGCAGUUGCGACCAUAUCCUUCUUAUUAUAUAAGGUAAGUACAAAAUAA